AUGGCUUCAAAAGGUGAACGUAUUACUUUCAGAGAAGAGGAAGUUUCAGAACUUUUGGAUUCUUUUAUAGCCAUGGGAAUUAAACCUAAAGCUGGUAGUAAAGAGGAAUUAAAUUCUUGGAUCUUGGAUUAUGCAACACAGCAAUCUAAGGGUACUGAAGAGUCAACUUUCAAAUUAGCCUCAGCUACUGAAUCCAAAUCAGAGGAUGUCAGGAUUUUGCCGCAUUUACCUAGACUAUCCAUCUUUUCUGGAGAUGAUUCUCAGAAGUCACAUGUCAGUUUCGACAUCUGUUCUGUAACAGAAAAACAUCUUCUAAUUAACUGCCUCCUAAUUGAGCAUGUGGGGGCCCGGAAAGCAGAUGUCGCCUCUGUUUGA